CGGCGCGGCGAGGCGGGGGGCUCAGUGCCGGUACUGCCGCCGCCCCCGGUGCUCCGUGCCCCGCCGCCACCCUAAGCUCCGCCACUGCCACCAUGGAGGCCAUCAAGAAGAAGAUGCAGAUGCUCAAACUGGACAAGGAGAAUGCCAUCGACCGAGCUGAGCAGGCAGAGGCUGACAAGAAGCAGGCAGAGGACCGCUGCAAGCAGCUGGAGGAGGAACAGCAGGGCCUGCAGAAGAAGCUGAAGGGCACGGAGGAUGAGGUGGAGAAGUACUCUGAGUCCGUCAAGGAGGCCCAGGAGAAGCUGGAGCAGGCGGAGAAGAAAGCCACAGAUGCUGAAGCUGAGGUGGCUUCUCUGAAUCGCCGCAUCCAGCUGGUGGAGGAGGAGCUGGAUCGGGCCCAGGAGCGCCUGGCCACUGCCCUGCAGAAGCUGGAGGAGGCUGAGAAGGCGGCGGAUGAGAGCGAGAGAGGCAUGAAGGUCAUCGAAAACAGGGCCAUGAAGGAUGAGGAGAAGAUGGAGCUCCAGGAAAUGCAGCUGAAGGAGGCCAAACACAUAGCAGAAGAGGCUGACCGCAAAUACGAGGAGGUCGCCCGCAAGCUGGUCGUCCUUGAGGGAGAGCUAGAGCGCUCGGAGGAGAGGGCAGAGGUUGCAGAGAGCCGAGUGAGACAGUUGGAGGAGGAACUGCGGACCAUGGACCAGACCCUCAAAUCCCUCAUUGCCUCAGAGGAAGAGUAUUCCACCAAGGAGGACAAGUACGAGGAGGAAAUCAAGCUCCUAGGGGAAAAACUGAAGGAGGCGGAGACCCGGGCAGAGUUUGCUGAGCGGUCUGUGGCAAAGCUGGAGAAAACCAUUGAUGACUUAGAAGAUGAAGUGUAUGCACAGAAGAUGAAGUACAAAGCCAUCAGCGAGGAGCUGGACAAUGCACUUAACGACAUCACCUCACUCUGAGCCCCUCCGCUGGGCACUGACACCCCUCCCCCACCUGCCUCCCUCCUCCCCAGCUCAGCCGCUUGCCUACCCGCCCCCCCCACCGCUCCUCCUGCCUGCCCUGUUCCCUCUCUGUCCUUCCUGGCCCGCGUCUGGCAGUCACAGGAGCCAGCCUGGGGUGUCCCCACAGUGUCCCUCUUUUGGGGGAAAACAAAAACAAGGCGUAGGUGCUAUGGGGUGUUUGGGGUAAAGGGGAGCAGCCCCCAUGCGCCUCGGGGUUACAGGUGGCUUGCAGGGGGGACGAAGCUGUGCCCAGGAGCCCUUUGCUCCAGCCUACCCCCACCCCCCCCGGCAGCACAAGAACCAGGGAUCCCGCAUCCCCCAACAAAGCCUCGGUGCUUCUCACCGAGCCUAGGGUGGGGGGGGACACAUCCAGAAGCAGCACCUCUGAGGAGGGGUGGGCUCUGGCCUGGGGGCUGAGGGGGUGUCUGGCCCCAGGCAGGCAGCCCCCAGCCCCACUGCUCCCCUCCCCGCUCCCCUCUUUCCUUUGCACAUUGCUCUUCAGUUUGCAUUUCAUUACUUUUUUUUGUUGUUGUUGUUCUGUCCCUCUGGGUUACUGAGUUGGUCUCAAUAAAGUGUUUUCUCUCCUUG